GUUUUCACGGCCUCUUGUGGUGAUAUAAUACGGAUGACUAGUUAGGACGGAUAUUGUCGUUUUAAAGUCCUUGUAAUCAGCUGUAUGUAUACCUUUUGCUUGUUGUUACAUUCCUGUUGACCCAGAUGGUGGCUAAACCAACCUUAUUCCCAGAGAUGAUAAGCACUACAAUAUCAUGAUGUAAGUGAACAUGGAUGAAGAGAAGACAAAACAGAUACGACCGAGUCAUCGUCUAGAACUCAGGGUCAAAGGUCUGGUCAACAACAUCAGGGAGGGGCCGUACAUCACACACAACUACUUAGCGAGUCACAUCAGUUUUCUGAAGAAAGUGAAUGGAGAGGAGAGUUACAAUGUAUACCGAGUGCUGCCCUUUGGGGGCUCGUUCAACUCCCGGGGGGAUAUCAUAGCCCUCCUUGUGUGGUACUUUAUGCUCAUCUACGCUAUAACCGCUAUACCUCUUGCCUGUUACUGUGAGGACCUGUCUAUAAACAUCUGUAACAUCAUCAUUCUUGCCACAAUGGUUGUAUAUCAUCUCACCGCUAUUCGCCUCAUCUUUUGGAAUGUCAAGAAACUCAAAGCUAUGUGGUGCACAACAUUAACAACAGCAGAAAAAUACCUUGGACUGCAAAAUUACUUCCUAGAUGUAACAACUGAUAAUGCUAAAGAAAUACACUGUGUAGCCACUAAACAGAGACAGAAGAUCAUACAGAGAAUGACCAACAAUAAUAGUAAGCAGGUGGUGGUCAUGUUGAUGACCUCUUCCUACCUGCGCAGUCGCCUGAGGGACCCCGUCCUAUGUCUGUCUGUGAUGGCUAUCUUCUGUCUGAUCGGACUUAUUGUCCAGCUGGAGACUCUGAGGCUCGUGGUCCACAAUCACACGUGACGCAGUGAUGAAUGGAGACUCAAUACAGACAGUAUGGACUGUGAUAUUACACAUUACAAACAGAAAUCCUGAAUCCUGGUGCUACAUUGUACUUAGCAUUUUCAUCAUUUAAGUUUUAUUUCAAUAGCAAUAGUUUUAUGAAAAAAUUUACUUAUAUGAAGCAAAUUUUAUAUGAAGAUACAUGUAGGUGUUUUGUU